GCGCCGACCCCGCGGGCGAAGACCUCGAGGACUCGCGGGUGCUCAUCUACAGCUUCGCCAACUCCCAGCAGCUCCAGCACCAGCAGCAGCAGCAGCAGCACCAGCAGCAGCAGCAGCAGCAGCAGCAGCAGCAGCAGCAGCAGGUGGUGCAGGUCUCGCAGCAGAUGCUGCUGGGCAAGAAGCUGAUUUACCGCCCGCGGGCCUCGCGGCACCUGCAGGUGUCAGUUUUGUCUGAGACGAGCUACACCCCCCCCAGCAGCAGCAGCAGCAGCAGCAGCAACGGCAGCAGCAGCAGCAGCAACGGCGCUGGAGAGGAGUAUGAGGAGGGGCGGCUGCCGCCGGAGCUGCUGAGCGACCUGCAGCGUCUUGGGCUCGUAGGGGACACAGCAGCAGCAGCAGCAGCAGCAGAAGAAGCGCCAGCAGCCGCAGCAGCAGCAGCACACCGGCAGCGGCUGGUGCUGCCGGAGUGGGUGCUGGAGCUGCGGUGCGAAGCCGAUGAAGGAGACACAGAAAGCCACCCCGAGUUGCUGCUGCAGCAGCUGCAGCAAAGAGCAGCAGCAAGCAGCAGCGGGAGAGGAGCUGAUGUGGACUUGAGCGACGAGACGCGGCGGCUGCUGGUGCGGCUGUACGCGCCUGCAGAGUGUUUGCUGCUGCAGCGGCGGAAGCAGCAGCAGCAGCAGCAGCAGCAGCUGCUGCUGCAGCAGCCAGCGGCCUUCGACGCCCUCGUCGCGCUCUUCCUCCACAACCUCCAGGUCGCAGUGGCCGAGCCCCUCGAAGCAGCAGCAGCAGCAGCAGGAGCAGCAGCAGGAGCAGCAGCAGCAGGACCUGCUCUUUACUAUCCGGGGGCCCUGGGGGACCCCCAAGCUGCUGUUCAGUCUUUCUAUGAAAACAGAAUUGUCAAAGCAGCAGCAGAGUCCCCAAUUGCUGCUCUCCGGCUGCACAACAACCAAGCCAAACGAAUCCUGAUCAAAAUGCAAGUCAAGAGCGGCGCCCGCGUUCUUGACCUGGCCUGCGGCCACGCCCAAGACCUGUUCAAGUUCCUCGAGGCGAGGCUGCUGCCGGAGCACCUGCAGCAGCUGCAGCAGCAGCAGCUGCAGCAGCAGGAAACCGACGCCGCCGACGAGCUCGCCAGGGUCUACGAGCAGCAGCUAGCAGCAGCAGCAGCAGCAGAUAAAAGAGUUUUCUUUUCUGGAAAUUCUGUCUUUUGCAUAUUUUUCGAUGAAGACACUCUCGCCCGCAUUCUAGAGCCCUACCAGCUCCCGGAGCCGCGCGAGACGGAAGGCGGGCUGCCGCUGCUGGAGCUGCUGGCAGCAAAAGGGCUGGAGCGGCAGGCAGUGACGCUGGAGGUGCUGCAGCAGCUGUCGAGCAGCUACGGGCUUAAGUAUCACUUUUGGCUGCGCAGCAGCAUAGAUGCAGCAGAGUUUGUUUUCCCUUUUGCUGCUGCUCGUGCUGCAGCGCAGCAGCAGGGCCUCAGCUGCUGCCUCUCCGUCUCCUUCCCCCGCCUCCUCGCAGCAGCAGCUUCUCACCCCACAACUGCAGCAGACACUCUCAAGUGGCUGCAGCAGCAAAAGCACAAAAGAAACAGGCAGCUGACUCCGCAGCAGCAAGCUGCCUUUGCCCUCUACAAGGCCUUCGCCUUCGUCAAGGACGCACCCAGCAGCAGCAACAGCAGCAGCAGCAACAGCAGCAGCAGCAACAGCAGCAGCAGCAACAGCAGCAGCAGCGGCGCUGCGCAGCAAACGGGCGCGAGCGAGGGCAACAGCAGCAACAGCAGCAGCUUGUGA